UGUAUAUAGAGAACGGACGGGUCGUGGAUGGGGUGACUUUCGUUGAUUCACUCGCCUUGCAAAGUGCAAACAACGGUCUUGUUCGAUUUGAUACCCAGUGCUUAUUCUCUUGGUUCUAUUCUGGUUGUCUGUUGGUCUCAGUCAGAAACCGUGCACUUGCAGCAUACUUUCUUACGACAGCGACUUACGCCUCACGGGUCGGAAGCAAACCGAACUUCUCACUUCGUUUCGAUUGCGGACAUCAGCUAUUCUGAGAGCCAUUUGAUCAGCAUUCUCGGCAUCGUCGGCACAAGAUAUAAUACCACUGCAUCCUUGAUCGGCAGUACCACCACAAUCUCGAAGAUCCUCCAGACUAUCGGAACACAUCCACGAUUUCGACAAUGAUCUUCACAAACACCCUCUCUCUCGUCCUGGCCCUUGCGCCUGCCACCCUUUUCGCCGCACCCACAAAGACUAUCGACUCGAUAGCCCUUAUUAACCCGAGAAAUGCGAUCUCUCCUCGCCUGAUUGAUCAGAUGGAUCAAGCCAGUGCCACAUGCGAUCUGUCGAAUGUCGUUCUUCCCGCCGAAGCAUCCGGCCUCCCAGUUGUAGGCUCCGGUCUCAAGCUUUCCCACAUCGCGGUCGGUCGCGGUGUACAAAACUACACAUGCGCAACCGCCGCGGCGACCGAGACACCCAAGGCCGUCGGCGCAGUAGCUUCGCUCUUCAAUGCGACCUGCGAUGGUGUACGCGCGCCUGCUGUGCUUGCAUCUGUCACCAAGAUCGCUCUCGGCUAUGCCAUCCCCAACAAUAAAAUCGCUGAGAGCAGACUGUCUGGACACCACGAGUUCACCGAGAAGGGUAUCCCGUUCUUUAAGCUGCAGACCGACAAGGUCAAUUUCGGCUCUGUCCAUGUCAACGCAACCUCGAAGACGCCUGCGCCAGAGGGUGCUAGCACUGGGCCCAAUGGUCUCGGUAGCGUGCCGUGGCUGAAGCUCGUACACCUCGAUGGCGACUACCAGGAGGUCUACCGGAUAAACACUGCUGGAGGUGUUGCGCCUAAGACGUGCGAGGGAGUUCAGGGUAGUUUCAGCGUUGACUAUGCGGCCGAGUACUGGUUCUACGCAUAAGCGUCGAAGAGUUGUAGCAACGUGGUGAUGGCUGGUGUGGUUUGUACAGAGCAUUUGUCGGCGUUGGAAGGCGUUCCUGGUCCUGGUUCUUCUAAUUCGGCGCAUGCUUGUC